GGGUUUCUAUACCCAAUUAAUUAGCUAACCACGAAAAGCCAUAACUUGUCUGAAUAUUUUAUUAUAUAUACUUCAACUUCUUUACAUUUUUUUUGUGUGAACAUUAUGGAGAAGGUUAUAGUCCUAUACCCCUCUGAAGGCAGAGGCCACCUAAUCGCCAUGGUAGAGCUUGGCAAGCUCAUACUCAAACAUCACCCAUCUUUCUCCAUCACAAUCUUCGUCUUAAACACACAUUCUGCGUCCACCGCCCAACACGUAGCCAGCUCUACCGCCCAAUACAUGGCCGCCGUGGAAGCCGCCACCCCAUCCAUCACCUUCCUCCACCUCCCCCCCAUCUCCGGCGUCCCUUCCACUCUUUUCCCACCAGAAUUGAUGUACUUAGUCCCACGCCUCAACAACCCAAAUGUCCACCAAGCCCUCCAAACCAUCUCCCACACCUCCAAACUCAAAGCCUUCGUCAUUGAUUUCUUCUGCGAUGCUGCUUUCGAAGUGGCCGCAAACCUUAGCAUCCCUACUUACUAUUUCUUCACCUCAAGCGCAAGCGGUCUAGCAGCCUUUCUGUACCAUCCCACUCUCCAUAAAAACCUGGAUAAAAGCUUCAAAGAUCUCAAUCAUAUGCUUAUUGAUAUUCCCGGCUUACCGUCUAUCCCGGCUUCAGACAUGUCGAAAGCUACUUCAGAUCGCAGUUCUAAAGUUUAUGAGUAUUUCUUGGACUCAGCAACCCACAUGGCCAAAUCAAAUGGACUUUUAGUGAACACGUUCGAGCUGCUCGAGACAAAAGCUAUCAAGGCAUUAUCGGAUGGGCUAUGUGUUCCAGAUGGGCCGACCCCACCAAUAUUCUGCAUUGGACCUUUGAUUUCAAGCAGCAAUCAAGACGGAGAUGAUCAUCAGCACGAGUGUUUGAAUUGGCUAAACUCGCAACCGAGUCGAAGCGUUGUGUUUCUUUGUUUUGGGAGCAUGGGAUUGGAAUUGUUUUCGGCGAAGCAGUUGAGAGAGAUAGCGGUAGGAUUAGAAAACAGUGGGCAGAGGUUCCUGUGGGUGGUGAGAAAUCCAGCCACAGAUAAUAACAAAGAGCCAGAUUUGGAUGAAUUAUUGCCACAAGGUUUCUUGGAAAGGACCAAGGAUAGGGGUUUCGUGGUCAAGCAAUGGGCUCCACAGGCGGAGGUACUGAGUCACGGCUCGGUGGGCGGGUUCGUGACUCACUGCGGGUGGAACUCUGUUCUUGAAGCGGUGUGUGGCGGCGUCCCGAUGAUUGCUUGGCCAUUGUAUGCGGAGCAAAAGAUGAACAGGGUGGUUUUGGUGAAGGAAUUGAAGGUGGCGCUGGCGGUGAAUGAGUCGGAAGACGGGUUGGUGAGUGCUGCCGAGUUGGAGAAGCGAGUGAGGGAGUUAAUUGUGUCGGAGGCAGGGAGAGAGGUGAGGGAUAGGGUUUCAGGCAUGAGAGAUGCUGCUGUGGCAGCCGUGAAGGAAGGAGGGUCCUCUCAUGUUGCAUUCGCCGAGUUGGCUGAGUUGUGGUUGACGACCACGUGCUAGGCUGCUAGCUUGUUUCACCGGCCCGUCUCAUCAAGAAUUUGUUGUUGUAGAGUUGUAUCUGUUGCAAAUAAAGAUGACACGAAGCAGGGGCGAACUCAAUUCAAUGGAAAUGCAUGUGAUUUACUGUCAACUCAGGAACAAAGCUCGUAAUUACUGUCAACUCGCGUACCCUCCUGAUGACACACGAAGUAAUAGUGGCCAUAAUAAUAUUGUACGAAUUUUGCUCAGCGCCUUUGGCUUUGAGGGUGACAAGCGACGUGCUGAUGAGACAAUCCAUGUGGUGACAGCUGAUAGAUAAUUGAAUUAUGGAGCUUUGUUUGGGCGGGGGAGUAAAUACGGAUGGAGACGUGUAGUUAUUGAGAAUAGUAUUUGUAUUCGUAUAUGUUUUUUAUUUUUUGCGUUUGCAUAAUUACUAUGAUUAUUAUUUGCUAUUCCCAUAU